CAAAAAGAGAGAGAGAGAGAGAGAGAGAGAAGACGAAGACGAUUAAUCGGCGCAGGCGACACGCAACCCUUUCCCGGCUCCGAUUAGCCACGUCGUGCGCCAUACGGUGGCCACCUGUUCGGGUCUCUCUAUAUGACCGAUUCGCCUCGGCCGGGUCGCCCGAUCCGAUCACCAAAACCCUAGCUCUGACGAUGAUCGAUUUCGAUUGUUAGAUAGAGAAUUGUAGAGAGAAAGAUCGGAGAAGAAUGCAGCAGAGACGGAGUCCUCCGAAGCACAGACACGAUGGGACUUCGCCGCUGCCGCUUGGGAUGGAUUGGAGUCCUCCGCCGCGGAAAUGGAACGGGCGGGAGACAGUUUGGCCGCACGAUCCUCACACAGGAUGGAGUUAUUGUGUCAUCAUUCCGUCCUGGGUUGUUCUUCCCAAAUCAAGAAACUCAGACCCCGUCGUGUUCUACAGGAUUCAGGUGGGACUGCAAUCACCUGAAGGUAUUACAACUACAAGUGGAGUGCUAAGAAGAUUUAAUGAUUUUCUGAAGUUAUUUAACGAUCUUAAAAAGGCAUUUCCCAAGAAGAAUCUCCCAACAACUCCACCCAAGGGACUCCUGCGGAUGAAGAGUCAGGAACUGUUGGAAGAGAGAAGGUGCUCUUUGGAGGCCUGGAUGACAAAACUGCUAUCUGAUAUAGAUAUAUCAAGAAGCGUUGCAGUGGCAUCCUUUCUUGAAUUAGAAUCUGCUGCUAGGUCCUCAUUCCAAGACACAAGCCAACACACUUCAGAAGUGAAUUCACUAUCGCCUUCCCAUCCGACCUUACCUGCCGUCUUUGGUAGCUCGUCCAUUACAUCAGAUUAUGGAAGUGAUACUGCUUAUGAGACAUCUGACCUGGGAACACCAAGACUAGGAAUGGAUGAUAGUUCAGAAUUGGGUAUCGAGGAUCUGGCAUUAGAUGAAGAUCUAACAAGCCCAAUAGAAAAGCUUGUGAAGUUUGGCAUGACCAAUAUUGAUGAGGGACUGUUUCUGGGGCAGACUAUACUAGAGCAAUUGGAAGGCCUUCCUAAACAUAAAAUGCAUGGGAGACAUGUCAAUAAUGUUACAGGGAAGGACCUGCAUAAUGGAAAUGCUUCUAAAUCUUCAAUACUAGCUCGUAAUGGAAUGGAACUUUUCUCCCAGUCAGAGCAUAGUAAAGUAUUUAGUCACGCUCGCAAGCUUUCAGAUGAAAGUGUGGGAAGUGAUGUAAGUUCUCUAAAAGGUAGUGAAAUGUCUCACUCUGGGGUUCCAAAUUCAAUUGGUAAUGGCACCCUUGACCUUCUUGGAGGUUCUGAUGUUUCAAGGAUCAUGGAAAUGCUUGGCAGUACAGAAUUGCAAACCUCUGGCAGCACUCAAGUAGUUCUUCCAUUGGAUCAGCGUCCUAAACUGAACAGGUUUAUGUUGACCAUGCAGCAAAGACUAGUCACAGCUAAAACAGACAUGGAAGAUCUUAUAGCUAGAUUAAAUCAAGAAAUAGCGGUCAAAGAUUACCUCGCAACAAAGGUCAAGGAUUUGGAAGUGGAACUUGAAACUACUAGACAAAAGAGUAAGGAAAACCUUCAGCAAGCUAUUUUGGUUGAAAGGGAAAGGUUUACCAAAAUGCAGUGGGAUAUGGAGGAACUUCGUCGGAAGUCAUUGGAAAUGGAGUUGAAGUUGAAGUCUGAACAGGAUAAGACAUCAUGUCCAGAGGCAACACUAGAUUCCACUAUUCAGGAGAAGGACAUAUCUCAAUCAGAGUUAGAUUCUUCUAAGGAGCAGCUUGAGAAAUUGUCAAAGCGAUAUGAAGAGCUAGAAGCAAAAUCAAAAGCAGAUAUUAAAGUUCUUAUUAAAGAAGUCAAAUCCUUGCGUAGUUCCCAAGCAGAACUCAAGCACGAGCUUAGUAAAUCUCUGAAGGAUAAAUCUGAAUCUGAGAAACUUCUCCAACAGGAACAACAGAGGAGCAAACAGGUAGAAACUGCUAGGGAGAAAUUGUUACAUGAAUGCAAGAUGCUUCACAAACAGCUUCAGGAGUGCAAUACCAAUUUUCCUUCUGAAGGUGAAGGUGACUUCAAUUUGGGUUCAUCCUCGAUACAAGAGGCUUCCGAUUUGUUGACAACAUCAGACAACCGAAUAAACCACCUACUUUCAGAGGCACAACUCUUGGAACAAGACAACAGAGAUGUUUCUGAAGUUGGUGUUACAGAUGAUAUAAGGACCAUAGAUGAUGAGUUGAGGAAGAUGCUCGUAGACAUUUUUACUGAGAACGCGAGCUUGCGGAAACAGGUGAAUUCCGUUAUACGACACACUCUCAAAUUGGACAUCCAGUGUAAGAAAGAUGAUAUCCCAAAUGAAAAACUUGACUAGUGUAAGUAGAGAGAUGUAGGGAUGAAUUUUGUAAAUUUUCAGUUUUUCUUCUAAAGAAUAAUUCGGCCCAGUGGAUCAUCUGCUGUUUCAUAUAGUUCUCAUUAAACACGACCAUGUAAGCUUGUCACAUAUAUAUACAAGUCUUGAGAAAAUUAAUGAAAUCUCUGUUUUAGCGCACUGUUGUAAACUUGUAAUACACUAAAUCACUAAUACUUGUAUACUUCCAUUCUUUAAUUUGCCUCUGAAAAUUAGAUAAGAUCGAAAGCUAGUUUCAUUUUCUUGUCAAUAGGUCUGUUUCCAAACAAAUUAAUUUUAACAAUUAAUAAUGCAAGUACUUCGUACAGGGAUUUAGAAGAAGUUAAGCCCCCAGAGCAAAAAAAAAGUGUA